AUGGACAGAGACCCUGAAACGUGGCUCGAUGAGUCACUCAAAAUAUCUUCUUAUCUGCUCGUUGCUGGUCUUCUCUCUGUGAUUCUGCUCUGUUUCUACCGCAUCUGUUUACAUCCACUGGCCCAGUUCCCUGGUCCAUUCAUCAGUAAGAUCACAGACUGGUCCAUUGUCUUCCAAGCGGCCAGCGGAGACCGCCAUAUCGAGACCUGGACAGAACAUGAGAAGUAUGGAAGUAUCGUCCGCAUCGGACCCAAUACUCUCUCUUUCAACACCGUCACGGCAUUGAAGACCAUUUAUAGUAGCCGCAAAGCCAAUGUGCAAAAAGCCAACUGGUAUCGUACCAUCGAUGCCGGAUCCAAAGCAUUCAGUGUCCAUUCCGAAAUUGACAAGUCUAGACACGCCUUUCGCAGACGGGUGUUAGAUCAGGCAUUCUCCGAAUCAGCCCUUUCCGAUGCGCAGAGCUUCAUCCUUGAAGACGUCAAAACCUGGGUAGUCUGUCUCGGAGCGGAUAUCGAGAAGCGCGGUUGGACAGUGGCCCGGAAUAUGAAAGACUGGUGUAACUGGUUGGGGUUCGACAUGAUGGGUGACCUCACGUUCGGAAAGAGCUUCGGCUGUGUAACGAAGGGAGAGCACAGAUUUGUGCCCGAUGUGGUCAUGGACUCGACGAAAUUCGUCUACGUGGCAGGCUUCUGGCCUUUCAUCUCCCUUAUCCGGCCCCUGUUCGGCACUAUCUGGAUGUCGCUGUUCUCAACCAAGAACGCCAAAGAAAAUGAUGCAUAUAUCAAGUAUGCCAUUGCCUUGAUGGAAGAACGAAUGGCGGCCGAGAACCAGGAAACGGACGAGAAAUCUGCCACCAAACCCGCCAAGCGGAAAGAUUUCAUCCACUUCCUCCUACACGCCCGCGAUCCGGAAACUGGUAGAGGCCUCUCAAUCCACGAACUCCAUGCCGACUCGGCCCUACUCAUUCACGCAGGCUCCGACACCACCGCUCUAACCCUCAGCUCGACUACCUUCUACCUGGUGCACAACGAGGCUGUUCUCUCCAUACUCCAAGCCCAGAUCCGAAGGACAUUUCCGACCCUCGACUCCAUUCGUUCGGGUCCCGAGCUCACCUCAUUGACCUAUCUUCGCGCCUGUAUUGACGAGGCCAUGCGCAUGGCGCCGCCCGUACCGUCCCAUCUUCCCCGCGAAGUCAUGGCCGGCGGCAUUGAGAUUGAUGGGCACUACUUCCCGAAAGGCACAGUCGUAGGCGUUGCGCCGUGGACCAUCCAUCACAAUGCCGCAUACUACCCGGACCCUUUCACAUACAAUCCAGAUCGCUGGAUCGUAUCAGAGGGCGAGGGCAAGGACAAAGAAGAGAGCGUCGCAUUGGCGCGCGCGGCGUUCUGUCCGUUCGGUAUCGGCCCGCGUGGCUGUGCAGGAAAACGUCUCGCGUAUCUGGAACUUAGUCUUGCUUUGGCGACGUUGCUGUGGGUAUACGAUUUGAAAUUGGACAGUAGUACAGGCACAUCAAGGCUACCGACGAAAAAGAAAACAAGGUGCGCCGAAGUUCGAAACAGGGCUGAUGUGUAUCAAUUAUGGGACCACUUUGUUGCGGAUCGCGAAGGGCCCGUGAUACACUUGAAAAAGCGAGCGGAUGUUGAUCUAUGA